AUGCGAAUGUUAGCAUAUGGUGUUGCAGCAGAUGCGGUCGAUGAGUACAUCAAAAUAGGAGGUACUACAGCAUUGGAGUGCUUACGUAGAUUCUGUAAAGGAAUCAUACGCUUGUACGAGCAAGUGUAUUUGAGAGCACCAACCCAAGAUGACCUGCAAAGAAUACUGCAUGUUAGUGAAAUGCGGGGGUUCCCAGGGAUGAUUGGGAGUAUUGACUGCAUGCACUGGGAGUGGAAAAAUUGUCCUAAAGCAUGGGAAGGACAAUUUACUAGAGGGGAUAAGGGAACCACCACAGUUAUUCUUGAAGCAGUUGCAUCUCAUGACCUAUGGAUCUGGCAUGCCUUUUUUGGAUGUCCGGGAACGUUGAACGAUAUAAACGUUCUAGACCGGUCACCAGUGUCUCCAAGUGUGAAUUUCUUUGUGAAUCAACGUCCAUAUAAUAUGGCAUACUAUCUAGCUGAUGGUAUCUACCCUUCUUAUCCAACUUUCGUCAAAUCGAUUAGACUUCCUCAAAGUGAACCCGAUAAAUUAUUUGCAAAAUUUCAGGAGGGAUGUCGGAAGGACAUCGAACGUGCAUUUGGAGUGCUCCAAGCUCGAUUUAAAAUCAUCCGUGAACCAGCUCGCUUGUGGGACAUAGCUGAUUUGGGUAUCAUCAUGAGGUCAUGCAUCAUAUUACAUAAUAUGAUUGUUGAGGAUGAACGAGAUUCAUAUUCUCAACGUUGGACCGAUUUUGAGCAAUCUGGGGAAAGUGGAUCUAGUGCACCACAACCAUACUCGACCGAGGUGUUACCCGCUUUUGCAAAUCAUGUGCGUGCUAGAUCAGAGUUCCGUGAUCCAAAUGUUCAUCAAGAAUUGCAAGCCGAUCUAGUGAAGCACAUAUGGACAAAGUUUGGAAUGUUCCGUGAUUGA